CCUUUUUAAAUGCGAAAUCUAUUUCUCCUGGCUUGGAAGAGGAGGUAAAUAUGCACGCUGACUGACUGCUACAACAGUGCGGCCAUACCAUUUCCACCGGUUCUUCCACUAUCGAAACCGAAAGCAACCGACCAAAAAGUGAUUGAUCGCGGAAGUUUUUUGGAUUUGAUACGAGCUGCUGUAAUCUAAAGCCCACAGCCAGCAACCCAUGACGGGAAGGGAAAUUGGAGCCCCGGACGGCAAUGUGAAGAUGGUGGAAGGAACGCAACACAGGCGCAGGGGGUAUCUUCAUGCCAGAUCGUCUGCUUUAUUCUCGGACACCAAUUCAAAGAUAAACUACAUGUAAAACGAUUGGUUGCUUUCCCGGUGUCCCAGAGAACCAACUGAAUUUUAUUUCAGGGAAAUGUGAGCUACGCACUACGAGCAGUAUGUGACCACUGGCUUGGCUGGGGUUAACAGCAUGGGACUCAUACAUGUGAAGGAUUCAUUCAACAUACAAUGAUAAAUGUGUGUUAACAGGCCUUCUGUUUGCAUCGUUUUGGUGUCGCUGCUCUUUGCAGUAGCCUACAGCAAGCGGCUCGACUACUCCAACAUUUUGAGCGCAUACAGAAACAUAAUCUUUCCAGAAGUCCAAAACCUAAAUCUGAAUGGUUCCUAUACACCCGAGGGGAAAGAUUGCUGUCCUUCUGACAAGGUGAAUCGUAUAUUCCGCUCUAUCUGUGGGAUGACAGAGCAGUACCUGAACAAUACAGGGCAGCAAGGAGACCUGGGGAAGGUGGUGAAGGAUAUGGAGAAUCUCAUCACAGUGCGGUGCAAGGAGGUUAACAUGGUGAAAGAGCAGAGGAAUGCAAAGUGUAAAGAUGCGAGACUAGAAAGGUUAAAAGAGCGGUGUCUGGGACGAAGAAAAGCGAGAAGAAGACACCACUGCCAUAGAGGAGAGAAAGUGAAGUUGGUCCAGAUGCUUGUUUUUUGUUGGCAAAAGCUACAGAGUGCCGCCCACACCCCAAGGGAAAGAGUGAAGGGAAAGAAAAUGAAUUGAAACACAAUCUCUAACAGUUAUACUUCGAGAUAUAGCCACUCACUGAAUGUAAAGCCAACACUCAUUAAACUUGUCUGUCUAUGGCUCUCAUUUCCUAUUUAUCUUAGAUUUCAAGUGCCAUUAUUGCAAUACAUGUAGUUUUUUUUAAAAAUAAUAUUCAUUCUCUAGCACAUAGCCUAUAAAGCCACAGUGCCUACUUCCUUUUCUAGAUUUUUGUACCAGAUCAAUAUACAGUAUAACAUUUGUGGCAUUUGCUAGUGUGCCAUCUACUGAAUAUAUGCAAGCCAAGUGCUCCACUAUCUGAAAACAUGUUCUGUAAACAAUUGUCAAAGGAGCAUUGGGAUAAUGUUCAUUGGUGCUUGGCAGAAUUUGUUGCAUUACUUAAUAAAUGUUUUUUUUUUUUAAAGGAAUUCCACAAUUUAUAUUAUAUUGCUCUGUUGAGAAUUAUGAUGGGUUAUGCAGUGAAUCUGAAACUUUGUGACCUAUUUUGCACAUCCGGAACCUUUGCUACGGCAUCGUUUCACGACGGAAGAAAGUAAGUUAGGUAUUCCGAGGAGAUGAACGCAACACCAACGUGAAAAAACAAAAUUUGUACCAAGGAAUAUCCUGAAAUGGCUGGCGUGGAUAUGGACCCGGAGGUAGCACAGGGUUUGUUUGAAGAAGGAGCCACGCUUGUCUUGCUCGGCGUUCCCGAGGAAACGGAGUUGGGUAUCGACUACAAGAGUUGGCAGGUCGGUCCUCGCUUCCGUGGAAUAAAGAUGAUCCCGCCAGGGCUUCACUUCCUCCACUACAGCGCCACUAACCCCAAGAGCAUGGGCGGUGAAAUUGGUCCCAGGAUGGGCCUCUUCCUCCACCUGAAGCCUCGGGAGCUUAUUCUGGCCAACUGGGACAGACAGGAGGAGGAUUUGGACUUUUCUGCUACUCAGAAUCCGGAGGAAGUGGAGCGCGUUAAGGCAGGGCUUCGGGAGCUAGACCCUUUUCUCGGACCAUACCCCUACGACACUUUGCGCAAGUGGGUGUCCCUGACGGAUCGGCUCACCCAGGAGGUCGCGGAAGCGCUACAGCCCUUGAACGGACGCGUGUGCGCCUUUUGCGACGUGGUGCCCGAGUUGCAGUUGACCCACACCCAAGACCGCGCCGAGCAGAAUCUGCCCCGCAAUGACACGGCCUGUCAGAACAUGAAGGAAGGGUUGGAGAGGCUGCCCCGAAUGAAACAGAGGGAAGGCACCGAGCUGCGCUUCUCUGACAUACCUCAACAAACAUACCCUCCCGGAGCAACGCCCGCUCAGAUCACCCAGUGUAGCAUGGAUCUCAGCUACGCUCUUCGCCGCCUUCUGGAGCAGCAGUACCAUCAACAGCCGCUCAACGUGCUUGGCGAGCUGCAGUUUGCCUUCGUGUGCUUCCUGGUUGGGAACGCGUACGACGCCUUCGAGCACUGGAAGAAGCUGCUGGCACUGCUGUGUCGCUCGGAGGAGGCCAUGCGCACGCACAAGGAGCUCUUCCUGGGCCUCAUCAGCGUGCUCUAUCACCAGCUCGGAGAGAUCCCCCCAGACUUCUUUGUGGACAUCGUAUCCCAGAGUAACUUCCUCACAUCCACCCUGCAGGACUUUUUCCAGUUUGCCAGUGGCCCGGGGAUGGACAGCACGCUGCGGAAGAGGGCGGAGAAGUUCAAAGCUCACCUGACCAAGAAGUUCCGCUGGGACUUUGAGGCUGACCUCGAGGACUGUGCCCCGGUGGUGGUGGAGCUCCCAGAGGGCGUCACUCUGGACUGAUUAGCUGUGCGUGUGUGUGUGUGUGUGUGUGUGUGUGUGUGUGUGUGUGUGUGUGUGUUGUUGGGUGUGUGUACACGUGAUUGCGUAUGACUGCGUGAGUGUGAUUGCGUAUGACUGCGUGAUUGUGUGUGUGUGAAAGUGUGAGUGUGUGUGUGUGUGUGUUGUUGGGUGUGUGUACACGUGAUUGCGUAUGACUGUGUGAGUGUGAUUUUGUGUGUGUGUGUGUGUGUGUGUGUGUGUGUGUGUGUACAUGCAUGUGUCUUUGUGCUUACACCCACCUCUGGGCCGUAAGCAUCCCCAGUAACUCAUAGCACUCGCAUACACACCCCUAAAAUGGAUUCCUUUCCAGCGAGGCCUUUGGACAGGAUUCUCUCUCAUAUUGAAAAGGGGGGAGGUCAAAGGGCGUGAUCCGAUAUUCCAUAAUGGAAUGUUUGAAAGUUUAUACAAUUCUAAAAGUCAAGGAGCACUUUUCCUGCAUCAUCCUCACCGCAACCCAAGGUGGAGCAGUGGUUGAACUACCUGCAGGUUAUCUUCCCUGCUAUAACUGCAUGGUCUGCUACCAGCAGUCCUGGACAUUCCUUGUAAUAAAGCUCUUUGUUGUUUGCAA